AUGUCUCCUCGUUCGUUUCCUCGUGUUUUGCACGCCUUGGCUUUUGCGGGCGGCGCUCAUGCCAUCGUCAACUCCACCCAUCCUACUCUGCUUACCGACAUCGGCGAGAUCUCGAAGCAUUGGGGUCAGAUCUCUCCUUACAGCGACAAUGCCGCCGACGUCUUUGGCGUGGAAGACGUUGGCAUCCCUGAUGGUUGCCAAAUCGAGCAAGUUCACACCAUGCAACGUCAUGCUCACCGCUUGCCCAUUCACUGGGUUGAUGAUGGAAACAACAACUUGGACUUUGUGUACAAGCUGGGUAACUGGUCUGCUGCGUCUAACGCUACGGGCUCGUUCGCCGGCCCCCUGGUCUUUUUGAACAACUACCGCUAUUCUAUGCCAUCCCUUGGUCUUCUUACCGGCCAAGGUGCUGUCGAAGAGAUGAAGUCCGGAGUCUCUUUCUGGGACAAGUACGGUCGUACGCUGUAUGAUGCUGAAGUUGGCCAAUUGACCUACGACCCCAAAUAUCCCAACGGAACUGCACGCGACAAGCCCCUCCUACGCACAACUUCGCAGGCGCGCAUGUACAACAGUAUGCUGAACUGGGCGAUCGGGUUUUUUGGCCCUACUUUCAGAGCCGACCCAGACCAAUCCAUUCCGACGCUGGGCAACUGGACGGACAACUUCGACGUCCUGAUCAUUCCAGAGGGCGGUACUGAGAACAAUACCCUGGCCUCCUAUGACAGCUGCUUCAACGAUCUUGAAUCAGGUAUUGGCGACAUUGGAGACCUAGACGUUUUCAAGUAUCUCCCCGUCUACCUGCAGGACGCUACGAAACGGCUGCAACAGUACGCCCCUCAGGGAUUCACCUUCAACGUCAACAACACGUACGCCAUGCAGAUGAUCUGCGCCUACGAGAUGCAAUACAUCGGCCAGUCCGACUUCUGCGGCCUCUUCACCGCCGACGAAUGGACCGGCUUCGAGAACACGCUCGACAUCGCGUACUACUACGACUACGGCUUCGGCAACCCGACGGGCCGCGCCCAAGGCAUCGGCUACGUGCAGGAGCUUCUCGCCCGCCUGCAGAACCAAUACAUCACCUCGUCCAACUCGUCCGUCAACUCCACCAUCACCGACAACCCGGCCGACUUCCCGCUCGGCCGCCCCUUCUACGCCGACUUCUCGCACGACGACAUCAUCAUCUCCGUCCUGACGGCCAUGAGCGUCGACUAUUUCCGCGACGCCCCCUCGCUGACCGAAUACCCGCCCAACCCGGACCGCCACUUCAACCUGGCGCGCUUGACGCCCUUCGGCGCGCGCCUCAUCACCGAGGUCGUCGGCUGCAGCGCCGCCGACCCGCCCGCCGCGAGCGCGAAGCGCACCUUCUACACGCCCGGGCAGUACGGCUACGACGCGGCCACGGCCACGCACAAGUUCGUCCGCAUGCGCCUCAACGACGGCAUCGUGCCGCUGGACAGCAUCAGGGGCGGCGCCUGCGCGGGGCGGACGGACGGCCUGUGCGCGCUUGACAAGUUCGUCGAGAGCCAGGAGGACUCGUACGAGCUGAGCAACUAUGACUACGCGUGCUUCGGAAACUACACCCUCGACGACCCUACGAACGCUCAUGACUAUGAUGGAACUAUUAGUGAGCAAAACUGA